ACACACGCAAAGACGCCUUCUUCUUUAGCCUAACUCUGUUUCUGCUGAAAAAGGUAUUUCCCACUAACCCUUCUUCUUCUUCUUCUUCUUCUUCUUCUUCAAGCAUUACAAAGAAAUAGUGUUUGUUUCAAUGGCGUAUGUCGAUCAUGCUUUCUCAAUUUCCGAUGAGGAUAUGAUGAUGGAAGGUUCUCAUGCCGAUAACAAUCGUGGACCCAUUAAAGAGAUCGCUCUUGCUGUUUCCCUUCUUGUAUUUGGUACCCUCGCUAUUUUUCUAGGUAUUUUCAUGGCAAUCAAUAAGGUCGGUGGCGAUACAGCUCAUGGGCUUUUUUUUGCUAUACUUGGUGGAGUUCUGUUUAUACCAGGGUUCUACUAUACAAGGAUUGCAUACUAUGCUUACAAGGGUUAUAAAGGUUUCUCUUUUUCCAAUAUACCUCCUGUCUAGAGUCGAUUAUCGA